AUGUCAUUUGUUGAUGAUGCUUUAGCAACAAGAUAUAACCGCGCUGAGAAAUUGUUUACAGAAUUAAGGAAACAUCAGGCCCUAAUCACCCUACUGUCUCAGUUUUAUCUAACUUUGCCUUGUACACGGUCACCUGGCUGUCCAGUACACUUGUCGAGCAAUAGUGAUUUAGUAGCUCAAACUGAUUCAAAAAAAACGAAGACAUAUUCCGUUAAUGUGGAAUUUAUUUUUGGUUACAAGCAGUUAGAGGCAAAGAGGAAAACUAAGGAUAAAUUUGUAGAAAGGCUGUGUUGCGUUCUUUUACGAAAUUCUGUUCACUGUCUGACCGACGGUGGACGGAUGGACCAAUUGCCAUGUGAUGAGAAAUUGCCAUUUUAUGGCAAUAUUCAUGGAAAGAGAAGGAAAGGCAAAGCAGGAAAGAAGCCGGUAGGGACGAUUGCCAAGUUAUUUGCUUGUAAUUAUUUUGUGCCACAUAUGCAUAAUACAUCCAAGAGUAAAAAUAAUAAUACUAAUAUUUCAAAAAAAUUAGACUGGCUUUAUUUUAUCAUUUUAGCAUCAUUUGAGAGUUUGAUUCCCACUUAA